ACACAUCCUAUCAUGAAACAAUGUUUUCGUAUUGUUGAACUGUUUCCCCUCAUCACUCAACCCGAUACAUAUUUGUGAUGUCACGACUCUGAACCAUGGAAACUCCUCCGUCCCGAUAUAAGUUCCAGAUCGGUUGGAUAUGUGCCCUACCUAUUGAAGCAGCCGCCGCAAUCCAGAUGCUGGACGAGAAUUUCGGUAUUCUCCAAGAGCAGGAAAGGACGGACUCCAACACAUACACCUUGGGUCGGAUUGGCCGUCACUAUGUCGUGAUCGCGUGUCUGCCAGAUAGACAAUACGGGAUUACUUUAGCCACCACAGUUGCUAAUAAUAUGAUGAGAACCUUUAGUGACUCGCUUUGCAUCGGCUUGAUAGUGGGCAUCGGCGGAGGAGCUCCUUCCGCGGAGCACAACAUUCGCCUGGGUGACAUUGUGGUCAGUCGUCCUGAAGGCUCUUAUAGUGGCGUUAUUCAACACAACAUGGGUAAAAUUAGCAGAGAUGGUAAAAUUCAACGCCUUGGGUCCUUAAAUAGCCCGCUAAAGUCAUUGCUGAACGCGCUGGCUCAGGAGGAAGAUCGUAUUACCCGCGAAGACGGCGACCCACAAACACACUAUGGAACAAUUGCAUCUGGGAAUACUUUGAUUAAAGACGGAAAGACGAGGGAGGCCAUCCGCGAGGACACUGGUGCGUUGUGUUUUGAGAUGGAGGCGGCAGGCUUAAUGGCGGACUUUCCUUGCCUGAUGAUACGGGGUAUUUGCGAUUAUGCCGACUCGCAUAAGAAUAAACAAUGGCAAGGUUAUGCUGCACUAGCGGCUGCAGCCUUUACGAAAGAGCUGUUAGGCUAUGUGCCAAAAGGUGUAUCUCAAGAGAGCUUAGUUGCAGAUAUGUGCUCUUUGCUUGAAGAUAUUAAGGAGGACCAAAGAAAGGCUUUCGAUCAACGAGAAGGCCAUCACCGCGAGAAAAUGGAGAGAGUCUUGACGGAAGAUCAACGUCGCUGUCAUCAAGCAUUCAAGACGUCGACCUAUGAAAAGUUCAAAAAUAUCAAUCCUAACCGCUUGGAAGGAACGUGUGAGUGGAUCUCGGCUGACCCAGGAUGUGGUAAAUCCGUACUCGCCAAAUCCCUAAUUGAUAGCGUGUUUGGGGCCUCCGACCCGACUGUCUCCAUUGUGUAUUUCUUUUUCAAGGAUAAUGACGAGCAGAAUAACCUUGCUACUGCGCUAUGUGCCGUGCUUCAUCAGCUGUUCAGCUGGCAACCACAACUGUUGCGACAUGCAUUACCAUUCUGGGAAAGAAAUAAAGAGAAGAUUCAAUAUGAAGUGGACAACAUGUGGCGCAUUUUCAUGGUGGCCACGUCCGAUCGUAUAUUUGAAAAUACACUGAUUGAGAGACUUCGUGAAUUUCAUAACCGACACCAGGCCAGUCAAGGAAAUUGGUUGAAGUUUCUCGUGACAAGUCGACCAUAUGAUGAUAUUCAAGAUCGCUUUCGGCCAGUCACUGAAUUUUUCCCGCAGAUCCAUCUCCGCGGUAAAGAAGAGAAUGAUCAAAUUCACGAAGAGAUCAACCUAGUAGUAAAAGUCAAAGUAACUGAGCUGGGGAAGGACCUAGGUUUGUGUGCAGACACGCAAGAGCGGCUCCAGAAAGAGCUGUACAAUAUGAAGCAUCGCACAUACCUUUGGUUGUAUUUAGCAAUCGAUGAUCUCAAAAGUACAUUGAAACAUAGCCUUCGGCCAGACCGGGAAACGAUCCCACCGCUUCCGAAGAAUGUCCCUGAAGCAUACGAGAGAAUACUCGAUCGAGUUCCUUCAGACCAAAAAGCCAAGGUGAAAACCAUUCUGCGAAUCAUUGUUGGCGCACGACGUCCACUAACUGUUCGGGAGAUGGCCAUGGCACUAGGGGUGGCUACGACUCCGGAUGCUGAAACAGCAAUGGAGGCAGGCCUGAGUUCUAAUAAAUUAGACCAAAAGAUACGGCAACUCUGUGGGCUGUUUGUUUUCAUCAAGGAAUUCAAAAUCUAUCUUAUUCAUCAGACUGCAAGAGAGUUCCUUAUUUGCAAACACGAUAACUCUGUUAGCUUCUAUUGGUAUCUUGAGCAAAGCAAAACAGAGGCACAAAUGACUGAAAUAUGCGUCAAAUACCUUCAUAUGAAUGAUCUGGUCAGUGAUGACAGAGCAUCUAAAAUUGGGCCGAUCAUUUCCGAGGCAUAUCAUGUCCAGAAGCUAGAUUGGUGCAAUGGGUCUGGAGGCUGUAUGACGUUACCACCGAUCUGUUUCAUUUGUGGUUUCCCAAAUUUUGGAGGACAGUAA